AUGGUACAGAUUUGUUUUCCUUUUUUCCUCCGUUCUUUCUUUAAUUUUCGUUAUUCUUUCUUUUUUUCUAUCUUUCUUUCUUUCUCCCUUUUAUUUCUCUCUUUCUUUCUUUUGUCCUUUCUAGAUUUUUUUCUUCCGUUCUUUCUUUUCUAUUUCGCUUUUCUGUUUCUUUCUUUUUUCCAUGUUUCUUUCUUUUUCCUUUUCUUUCUUUCUUUUCUUUUUUCUUUCUAUCUUUCUUUCUUAUUUUUAAUUUGUUUCUAUCUUUCUUUCUUUCUUUCUUUCUUUAUCCUUUCUUUCUUUCUUUUUAUUUUUAUUUAUUUAUUUCUUAGACAUUUUUUAAUAGAAAAUUUAAUGUUCCUUUCUCUUCCUCUCUUUCCUAAUCUUCUCCCGUUCUACCUCACUUUCUCUCCCUCUCUCACUCUUUCUUUCUCGUAUUCCUCCUCUCCCUUUCUAACUCACUCUCACUCUUUUGUUUCCCUCUCUCUUCUACCUUCAUUUUUCUCUCUCAUUCGCUUCAUCAUAUUUGCUCUCCUUUUCUCGCUCCCCAUUUUAAUAACUCUCUCUCUCUGCUUCCAUUUAUACUCUUUCUCUCAACUUCCAUUUUUACUCUCUCUCUCUCUCUCUCUCUCUUAUUUUAUAUUAUCCUCUGUCUCUAUCACGUUUUCGCUCUCGUUUUUCUAUCACCCCCUUUCUCUCUUAUUAAUCGCUCACUCUACUUCUUUUUCUCGUAGCCAAUCUCCCACUUUCUCUUUAUUCACCCGCCCUUUCUGUCAUCUUCCCUAUACACUUUCUCUCUCUCUCUCUCUCUCUCUCUCCCUCACUCUCUUUUGUUCGCUCUCACUUUUCUGCCUUCUCUAUCUCUCUCAUUCGCUAUAUCACCUUCUUUCUCCCCAUUUCUCUCGUAAUCUCCCCCUCUCUUUCCCUCUCUUGUUUUCUCUAUCUCUCCUUUUCACUUUACAUCACUCACUUUUCCUUAUUUGUUUUCCUCUUCUAAUUCACUCCCCCUACUUCCUACUUUCUCUCUCUCAGUCAAUCUCUCACUUUUUCUUUAAUCACUCACCCUUUCUGUCUUAUUCACUCAUUUUCUCCCUCCCUGUCUUUCGUUUAUUCGCUCCCUUUUAUUUACUUUCUCUCUACUCAAUCAUUUUACUAUAUAUUUUUCCUUUUACCUGUCUUCCCUUAUCUUCCUCUCUCUCUCUCUUUCUUUCUCUCUCUCUUUCUUUCUCUCUCUCUCUCUCUCUCUCUCUCUCUAUCCGAGCAAUCUCUCUCUAUAUAUAUAUCUCUAUCUCUAACUCUCUCUCUAUAUAUCUAUCUAUCUAUCUCUCUUUCUCUCUGUCUAUAGUUCCUCUUCGCUUCUACGAAAUCAGGCUAGUUCUGUUUCUUACCUUUCCCUAUCUUUCUCACUCACUCUCACUCCCUAACAACUUGAAUAUUACAAAUGGUAGCUGA